CUCUGUGUGUCUGCUGCCACCUGCUGGCCAUCUGCAGCUGUUAUAUUCUCUGUCCAAUCAGGAGGAGGCUUUGGAGCGGAGCUUUCAGCCAUUGGUGGACAGCGCCUCCUCCCUCUGCACUAACAAGGAGGAAGAGGAUGCGGAUGAAUACGUUAGAGGAGAAGAGACGAGGUUCUCCUUCAACCCUGAAGGAGGAGACGAGACGCUCCUCGGCCAAUCAGACGCCAGCAGGGGGCGGAGCCUGAUCCAACAGAUGAGGGAGGAGAACUCGGCGCUGAGGCGGAGCGUCAGGGAGCUGCAGAGGAGAGCUGAGCUCCAUCAGUCCAGGGCGAGGCGGCUCUCUGAGGAGCUGCAGCAGAGGAGGCGCCAGGAGGAGCAGGAGGCGCAGGACUUGGAGAGCAUGGUGCAGUCAGUGGAGCAGAACCUGCAGCUGAUGAAGAGGCGAGCAGUGAAGGCUGAGAGCAGUGUUUCCAGACUGAAGGCGGAGCUUCAGCAGCUUCAGGUGGAGGUAGACACUCUGCGAUCAGAAAACAACCGUCUGAAGGCUGCUGAAUCUGAGGUCGUCAUGACGAUGAGACAAAACGCUCAGGUGGCGGCUGAGUACUUGAGCAAGUCAGUAAGCCACGCCCACUCCUCCAUAAGGCAGCUGCUGGAGGAAGCAGAAACUCUCCGUUUGGUCUCUCAGCUCCUCCAGUCCAUCGAUAAGAUCUCCAGUGUUCAGCCUGAGGGUGCAGUUGCCAUGGAAACUGUGGAGUCAGCACCCUGAGGUUUUAUUUUAAGAGAGGAAAGAUGGAGGAGGUUCAGCUUCAGAUCUCUCCUCCUGGACUCCAAGUUUUUACUGUUAUUGCUUUGAUUUCUGUGAGAUGAUGAUGAUGAUGAUGGUGGUGGUGAUGAAGAUCUGGAGGUUUCAGCACUGAGCUCUCCUCCUCCAGGUUCUGAGUAAAAUGACCAGAUAUGAGAAAAUGAUUCAUUUAUUUUAUUUUCCGUUACAAAGGUUUGGUUUGAACUCUGACCUCUGCUAAAGUUUUGACCUUGACUUUGAUGUAAACCUGCAGGAUCAAUAACUGUUCCUUCUGAUCUCUUUUAAUAAAUAAAAACCUGAUCGAAUCUCUGUAAACUGGAGAGACGCUGCUUUGUUCCAGAAAGUAAAAUCUAGACCCGACCUACUAGGAACUGAUCCUCACCCAAUCAGGACGCUCCGUGUCCUGAGCCAAUCAGGACGCUCCGUGUCCUCAGCACAAACAUAUUGGAAAAUAAAAGCCUGUGUUGUCCA